AUGAGAUCUUCAAUGAAUUGUAGAUUCCCUACUCUACUCUUGUUAAUCACUUCCCACCUAAUUCUGAUAAUCAAUUCAUUACAAUUAAAUGAUCCAUCUUCACAAAAUCCUUUUAUUUCAGAACGUGGAGAAGGCGAGCAAAAUAAUCCGAGUUUUUUGAAACGUAAUCACGAUUUGAGAACUCGUCGCGUUUAUUUUGACAAUUAUGAUCUUAAUAAUAACAAAUUUAAAAGACGUCAUGAUUUGAGUGAACGAAAUUUUGAGCUUGACGAACAUAAUUUUGAGAGACGAAAACAAUUGAAAGCUAAAGAGUGA